AUGGCAACAAUGGUUGUCAUCAAGAACUGGCUCCAGCAGCAAGACGAGAGAUCAUGGACGAUUUUGGCCGCUGCCCUCAUGUUCUUCACCUUAGUCGCCCUCUUCUUCUGGCUGCGAAGCCCACCACCACCUCGCGUGAAGGCAGUCCCGUGGCGCAAAGGCGUUUGCCCGCGUGUUCCUCCCCCGUUGACCGUGGAAUUCACCGUCUCUCGACGCGACCGAAUAGGUCAGGUCGAAGCGGAGAAUGCGCGACUCCGUCGGCAGGUUCGCGAGGAGGCGGCCCUGCGCGUCAUGGACGUCGAGCGUGAGACUGAGGCACUGGAGGAGGUGCACGAGGAGGAGAUGGGCGCGCUGCGCACCAAGUACGAGAAGAAGCUGCUAGCUCAGGGGAAGCGUAACCGGGAGCUGGCCUCGACCGCACAUCAAGUGAGGUCUGAGGCCGGCCAGGUGCGCCGCAUCCUGCAGAGUGAGAGGGACGUGGCCCUCAAGCGCAAGCAGCAGGCAGAGAAGGAGCGCGAUGCGUUCCAUACGAUAUCCCACGAGUCGAGGUGGGAGGCCGUGCGGACGAGGAGGGAGAUGAAGGAGUGGAGGGAGAAGAAGGAGGCGGAGUUCGAAGCCGAAAAGGCCGAUCUGGAGGAAGGGAGGAAGAACCUCAGGGCGAGACAGGCCUUGGAGGCGGCGUACGCGCAGGAGCGCCAGGACAUGAGAGCGGAGCUCGAGGAAGCAGCAGAGAGGGAGAGGAGCCUUCCGGACGAGAUUGCACAGUUGAGGGCCGAGAAUUCAUUCUUGGAGCAAUCACAGCGCACAUCCGAGGCUCAGAGACAGGCUGUUGAGAAGCAACUCCUCCUCGCCCGACGACAGCUCGCCGUUGUUGACCCCGUGCUGGUGGGGCUACCGCCGAGUCCGAUGGGCUCAGCACCAGCACCAGCACCAGCUCCAGCUCCAGCUCCAGCACCAGCAGCAGCAGUAGUAGCAGCACCGGCUCCCAUGAGCCCAACGACGAAGCCUGCAGAGUCUAAGCCUGCAGAGUCACACCCAGAGCCAGAGCCCAAGCCAGAGCCGGCACAGAAGCCUGAGCCUGAGCCCAAGCCUGAGCCAGAGCCAGAGCCAGCACAGAAGCCUAGCAAUGCUUCGGCAAACACCCCCAACAACACCCAAGCUGGAGCCGAAGCCCCUGCACCACCAGCAGUACCCACCACGACCACUCCGCCCCCCGCCACACCACAGAUGAAGCCACAGCAGCUGCAACCUGUCCAGGUCCCAGAAGCACCGAUCUCAAGUCAAGCAAGCCCUUCUUCGCCAACAGGAGAGCCACAGAGCCUCGCAAGUCCGUCUUCGCAACAGGGAAGCCCGCAAGCAGAGCCUCAACCCCAGAGCACGCAGAACGAUGAGCAUGCCGAAGCCAGAGCGAAAGGAGCGCUUAAGUGGGAUGCCUUACUGGCAAAGCACAGAGCCAAUAUAGGCGCCAAUGCAACGCAGCCCGCGAGCCCAGCGCCGAGCUCAAGCAAUCAAUCAGCCAGCUCAGGGUCGAGCAAUGCCAGCCCCCUGAGGAGAGCAAACCAACGCGGUGGUAGACUAGCUCACCGAGCAGGAAAUGGCUCUCGUCGUACGCGAGUCCAAGUGCCGAACCGGGCUGGAAGGCGUGCUGGAAACCAGCCCCUUCCCAAGGUGCAUGGUCAGUCCAAUGCUGAGACUACAGCCACACAUAUGGCUGCUAAUGCCGCACCACAGGUGCCUGACGAUCCCAUGAGGGACGUCACGGCCACUUCAUCAUCCGCACCUGACCCAUCACAUCAGGAUGCUACAGCUCCACAAGCAGGCGCAAACGCUGCGCCAGCAACAGAACAACGUGAGCAGGAGCCUCGGGCGACCCUGUUCAAUAUCAGUCCACCCAGGAGCCCUAGAUUUGGCCCGGCGGCUCCAGCAGCACCUUUCCGUGUCCCAGAGGCACGUCUUCACUUCAAUUUCCAAGCUCCAGUGCCACAGACGGCUGCUGCUACUUCACCACAGCAAAACCCGCCGGCGCAGCAAGCGCCAGAUCAUAACAUGGAGGAUGCCCCGGCGGCACCAACAGAGAUGGCCGCUCCAGCAGCGCCCCAGCAAGCACCGACUGCACCACAGCAAGCGCCCGCUCCACCAGAGCCGGUUGACCAGGCUAUGGAGGACGUCACAGCAUCCCCGCCGGCAACUCAUCAACCAACUCCUGGCGUCACAGCUCCGCAGCCUGGUCCUGGUCCAUCUAUCGGGGAUACGACUGGCGGCAACACAAUGCCACCGAGCUCGGGCGCCUCCGCUCCGCCUCAAACAGAGCCCCAGGCUUCAGGGGCCGGAGAUGAUGAUGACGAUGACGAUGAUGAUGAAGAUCACCUCGGCGAUCUGGAGAGAGCCGCCGAGCUAAGCGACGAAGACGAAGAAGUGAAAGAAGAAGAAGACCCCGACGCCAAACUGCAGAGAGAGCUCGAAGAAGAGUGCGCGGCGCAGGGCGUCGAUACCACCCAGCAACCCGGCACGCAAUCCGGAGGGUCAUCGCCCCUGAGCGACCCACCCGACGAUCUCGACGACGACGAAAUCACGGAUUGGGAGGAUGUGAACUUGCAGCCGAAUUUGGACCCUGAGGUGGGGCGGCAGAAUGCGGCGCGGAGCAGGCUGAGGCAGCGGAUUGAUAGGCAGAGGAGGGAUGAGGAGAGGAGGAAGAGGGCGGAGCGGAUGGGGAGGUGA